GUAAUUUUUUUUUAGCAGUUGUUAUUAGCAUUUCUGCAUAAACCAAGUCUACCUAUUGAGUCCUUGCACUAUUUUUUUUCUAUGCAGAAAAUAAAAUGUCAUAUUUCAGAUUGUGAAGAUAAUAUCAAUGAUGAUGAAAGUGAAUGGGAUAUUGCUUAUGAAAGCAGUUCGGAAAAUGAUGAAUCUAUAAAAGACGACGAAGACGACGAUAGCGACUUGCAACAUUACUUUGACCCCACCAAAAUAACAAUGUCACUGCCUCUCUUGCCUUUCAAGAACCAAGUAGGUGGCCACGCGUCUUUCUUUCGAUUCUCAAAGAAAGCAAUAUGCAAACCUGUAUCAGCAAAAGAACAAGAGUUUUAUGAGGACAUUGAUGCACAUCACCAUGAAUUACUACCAUUUACUUCACAGUACAUUGGUGUGUUAAAUGUGACUUAUCGGCCUACAGUACCCGAGGUCUUGUUUGAGAAGAACAAACAUUUAUUAAGAGACUAUCGCGCUGCUUGUAAAGAACGACGUCAUCGAUCUAUAAAGAAGUUUCAACAGCAAGUCCUGAGAGAGGUAUUUUCACCGGAAGCAUUGAAAGAGCGAUUGGUAUUAGCGGAGGAUUGGAAGAGACGAAACAGGCUUUCUAGUCAUGGUAGUAGUGCUAGUCUAAAUGAGCUUCAGCGCCGACCCACGGAUAUGAUGGCACACAGCUAUUCAUCAGAUAAAAAGAGUUGUUGGCGUGACGAUAAUCUAAUUGCGGAAGGUGGCCGAUCCGUGCCGAUCAUGGCUACAACGAGGCUUGGCUUCAGUCCUAUCAACAAAGACAUUGACUAUUUUGACUAUGAUAACUCUAUUGAACAAGUCACUCUUGAAAGACCACCCGCUAUUCUCUCAACCACUUCUUCACCCUCUAUCAAGCAUGCUGCAUUACCCUCAAGGAUCUCAAUUCAAGAUGACGAAGAACCUGUUAUCUUUAGUAUGGAUGAUUUUGAUCUAGAUAAAAAAUUAGUUCAUAACAAACAAAAUAAGGUGCCAUUAUUAAAAGUGGAUUCUUCUAGUCUCAACAAUGUGUCUUUAUCAGCAAAUCAGCAACAGCCAACCGACGGUGUAACAUCAGAAAAUCCCUGGUCACUGCAGAUACACAACCGUGAUUUACAGAGAAUGCGCAAUAGACAAGAUGAAGUACAAAAAUAUAUUCUAAUUGAAGAUUUAACAGAUGGUGUGAAAUACCCCUGUGUCUUGGAUCUCAAAAUGGGUACUCGACAAUACGGUGUAUAUGCCACUCGAGAGAAAAUGAAAAGCCAGACACUGAAAUGCGAAAAAUCUACCAGCAAAGUGUUAGGUGUGCGUGUGUGUGGCAUGCAGGUCUACAAGAAUGAUAUAGAUGAAUUUGUCUUUCAGGACAAGUAUUAUGGUCGAACACUUACACCCAUCACUUUCAGAGAUACACUGGAAGCUUAUUUAAACAAUGGCCAAGGUUGUCAAAUCCAGCAUAUACCCGUGAUUGUUCGAAAGCUUACACGACUGGCGCGCAUCAUCAAAACAAUGGAUAAUUAUCGUUUCUAUGCCUCUUCUUUACUCAUGAUCUACGAUGGCGAUCCUUCAAGUAUACGAAAGAUAGAUAUUCAUGUACGGUAUCGCUACCAGCAAUUUGCAUACCCACCAAGACACAAAGGAGUAGAUAAUGGCUAUUUACUCGGUCUCAAGACGCUUAUUUCAUGCUUUGAAUGGAUCCACGAAAAACACGGUGGAUCAGCGCAAGACUUGUAUAUCCAAGAAAAUGACGAUGUGUUUCAUGAUAUUUAUGAACCUGCAAAUGAUGAAGCCUUGUUAACCAUGUUAAAUUAACUGUAUCAUAUUAUAAUAUUUUCUUUUGUAAAUACUAUUAUUUUAUUCAAGAAAAAAUAAACAAAAAAGACAACCUUUUUUUUUUUUUUUGUAAGUGUAUUAGAUGAGAGAAGGUGAUUCUUGUUCUUUUGGUG